AUGUUGAAUAACUUGUUUACUGUUGGUGCAUUAUUUGCCGUUAUUGCCAACGCUACUUUGAUUCAGAAUCAACCAAGAAAUGGUGUUGUUACCUUAGAUUUAGGUUUAUCAGGUGCCCCUGAUUUGGAAAAAAGACAAAUUGGUGAAACGGAUGCUGUUACAACUGUUCUGUACUUCAAAACAAUCGUUGAAGUAGGUUCAAAUCGUGAUCAGGUUUUAUUAUUCAUUGAUACUGGUAGUUGGUUAACCCAAAUUCCUGAUGUAAGUACCAAUUGUACUAAGUGCUUACUUCCAAAUGGUAAACUUGGAUUAUAUAAUUCAAAUAAAUCUACAACUGCAGUUAGAACAGGUAAGUCAGCUAGGUCAACAUUUAAUGCAAAUGCUUAUUAUUAUGGUGAAGGUGUUCUUGAUGAUAUAUGGUUUGGCUCAAAUUUUAAAAUACCAAAUGUUUUAUUUAAUGAUGUCAGUGAUAUUGGAAGUACUUGGCCAUUUGGAAUUUUGGGUUUAGCUCCUCCACCAAAAGGAUCAGAAAAUGAAAAUGUUGCAUGGGCAGCUUAUAAAGCAGGACUUACUUCAAAACCAAUAACUUCUAUAUCUGCAACAAAUUCAAGUGCUGUAAAUUUACAGUUAUUCUUAGGUGGUUAUAGUGAAUCACACUUAGAUGGGGAUUUUGAUUGGCAUCCAAUUCAAGGUACUCAAGUUAACGCAUAUGUCAAUUCAUUUAAUAUAAAUGGAACUGACAUUGCGGUAAAUAAAUCAUCUAUUUUUGACUAUGGAAAUCCUAAUAUUUUUGUCAGCCAAGAAGUUUAUGAUGUCAUAAUAAAUUCAUUACCAUUUGAUCCAAACAACAAAAGGGGAUCUCGUAAAUUUGAUGCAUCUUUAUUAAAAGAUAAAACAUUUACUUUAACCAUAUUUGGCAAAAAAUAUACUAUCCCAGCAUUAGCUUUCAUUGUACCGGGUUGUACUGGCCAACAUUGUUCGUCGGUAAUUUGGCCAGAGUCCUAUACUGCCAUUGGGUCACCGAUUUUACGAUUUUUAAACCUUGCUGUUAGCGUUGAAGUAGGGAACGAGCUUAUCGGUUUGGCUUCAUGGAAAUCAUCAAAUACUAAUAAUGUUGUUUCCUUUUAG